GUGCUAAAUAUAGCUGGGUGAGAACGAGUCUCGUGUGGUGAUGUGCUUGUCGUUUGUUUUGGGAGCGAAGUCGGUGAGGAAAACAGCUUUGAUUGAUAUACAAGCUGGGACGACAUUUCUGGUCGAAGGUGAUUUUUUGAGAAGAACUUCGAUCUUAGAUUCUUUUUAACACAAAAUGAGUGAAGUCGAAGUGAUUGUGUCGGACACAUCGCUGUCCGAAAACACACGGGAUGGUGAUGACCAUGCCACAGCACGCGACAAGCAUGACCACGAGGAAAACAAAUCAAAUUCGGAAGUUUCAUCAUAUUUGACAGCUCCAAAGUUACGAGUGGAAAAAUUGAAAGAUGACGGUUUGAUUUACACAAGUGAAGAAGAUGCUGGCAGCCAUGAUUCGCAUGAAUUGUCUGAUGACGGGUCGGGUAGAAACAGUCCCAGAAAUCCCGAGAAAGUUGUGCCAGAUUUUGUGCCUCCUACUGAUGAGAUUAGAGACAAAAUUAUUGCCCAAGUUGAGUUUUAUUUCUCUGAUGCCAACGUCUUAAAAGAUGCGUUCUUAUUGAAACACAUCCGUAGGAAUAAAAUGGGAUAUGUCAGCAUCAAGUUGAUUACCUCUUUCAAAAAAGUCAAAACGCUCACCAAAGAUUAUCGCGUAGUUGCUCACAGUCUCAGUCAUUCCGAAAAACUAGAAGUAAACGAAGAGGGGACUAAGGUUAGACGUCGUGAUCCGCUGCCGGACUACGACGAGACUACACCCUCUAGAACUGUCGUUGCCGUUAACUUACCAAUGGAAAAUCCCACGAUUGAAACUGUGGCUGAACUUUUCUCAAAAUGCGGUGACAUUGUUUUGAUUCGAAUUCUUAAACCGGAUAAGACAAUUCCUCCUGAUAUUAAAAAACAUUCAAGCAAGCAUCCUGAAAUCGGAACUGCCGUUUGUGCUGUUAUCGAAUUUGAAAAACACGAGCAGGCGAAGAAAACGGCGGAUGAGAUGACGGAUAAAAAUGAUUGGAGGAAUGGUAUGAGAGUUAUGGUUCUUGCCGUGAAGAAGAAAAAGGAGAAGGAUGAGGAUAAAGAUAAAGGAGAUGGCUCGAACGAGGAAACCGGUGACGAACAGAAACGACAAAAACGUCGCGGGGGCCGAAAGAAGAAGUUUCGUAUUGAUGAAUUGGCGAAAGAAAAUGAUUCAUCAAAUUGUAGUAGUGGAUCUGAAUGUGAUAGUGUCAAAAUAGCGACGUUAAGUCCAAGAACUCCAGAAAUAGAUUCAAAUCGAUUGAGCCCUGCGACGACCCCGAAAUCAUCGCCACGAAACAGUCCAAGAAACAGCCCAUUAGCACAUAGACGAAAAGUUGGUCAUGGCAAGUCUCCACUGGCUGAUAAAAAUAAACUUAGUCCACGGAGCAGUCCGGAAAUGGGUCGUAAGGACAGCGAUGCUGGGAAAUCGGGAAGUACGCCCUCAAGUCCGUGGGUCCAGCGACGAUUACAAGCUGCUCAAGCUGCACAAGAAAAUGGCAGCCCGACUGCAAGUCCACUGCUCAGUAGACGAAACGUGGACGGAACUGUCAUAACGGGGAUGUCACCCAGGAUGCUUGACAUGAUGAACGUGGUUCGGCAACCCAAGGGACCCAAUGGAACAAAAGGAUUUUAUGGGGGAAUUGGGCGUGGUAAACCACGAAGCCACACGGUUGCAUAAACAAUCGUUAUUAACUUUGUUUAAGAAAUGGAUAAUUAUUAUCGACAUUUACUAUUUAAAUCAAAAUAUUUUAUUAUGGUUUAAAUCAUAUCAAGAUUUUGGAGUGAAUUUAUUUUUUUUCUCUCUCCAGUUUACAUAUUUUAUGUGCUUCAGACAUUUUUUUGGUGUUUUUUUUGUUUUAUAUGAACUACCAAGGCUGAGAGCUGGGGUAGGGUUUUACAUGGACAGCGAAACUGCUGAAAUUCGCUUUUACUUGAGGUGUUGAAAAAGAAUGUUCGAUACCCAGUGUAUGGAUUGAAAAUUUAAAGGGCAUUGAGAAGUCUUCUCCCAUGCUCUAGUGUCUUGAUGUGUUGAAAUUUGUAUUAAUUUUUACUAAAUUUCUUGGUAUGAAAGGUUAUUUUGUACACUCACACAGCCAAAAUUUGCUGUUAAACAUCAGCUUUUUUUUUAAUGUCUAUACAUGGUGCGAAGCUUGCUGAGGAAAUAAGCAAGCUGUUUGUAGGAGAAUACAGUAUAUUUAUAACGGUUUGCAGGCCUGGAAAUAACGGUUUUAGUUGCACCUAACAAAAUGUCAGGCACUAAUGAAAUAGUACCUGACAUUUUCAACUUAGUGCCGGACAUGUAUUUAUAAUAUCAAUAAAAAAGAAAAAUCAGUAUCGGACUAACUGACAGGCACCAGAGGUUUAGUGCCUGACAAAGCCUGAAUCUUUGCCGGACAUUGUCUGUGACAGGUGCCUUAUUUCCAGGCUUGGGUUUGGUAUUAACCGGAAUCACAAGUGUUACAUCAGUUGGUGUUAAAUGUGUUAAUGAAUGAAUGAGUUUAGAUGAUAAUAUGUUUGAUUAAAUGACAAUUAACGAUAUAUAUGUUUGUUUAUUUAUUUUAAGACGUUUUCGUAAUUUUAUGUUAUAACACAAUAUUUAUUAUAUGUCUAUAUUUUGUACAGCUCACAGAAUUAAAUUUUACAGUCAACAUGAUAAUAGAUCUCAACAAUUAAGUUUUCAUUAAAUUUAUUACCCAAUAUGCUGAACUCCCCGCAUAUGAAUAUGCUAUUGUUUUGUUAUGGCUCUUUACAUGGUAUGUUGAUAUGCAAAUUAUAAAGGAAAGGAGAUGCAAGGGUUAGGGCAUGUAGAUGUAUAUUUAUAUAGGUACAAUGUACUUUUUACAAGAAAAGGAGAAUUUUGCCACGGCAUAUAAUCAGUGCAUUUAAUUAUACCUGUACUUUGUGUAUAUAUUUAGUAGGCAUUAUUGUAUAUGGAAGGGCAUGUGUAUGUAGAAUAUUUAUCUAUAUAUACAGUCGUACAGGAGAAUUUUGCCAAUGCAGUACUUUUAUGUAUUUAUUAGUAGUUAAUAUUAUAAAAUCAAGGCAGGGGGAUGUAGGAUAUACACGUAUACAUGUAAAUACACAGUAGUACAAAACAAGGAGAAAUUUGCCUCUGCAGCACUUUGUGUAUAUAUUAGUAGGUAAUAUUGUAUAUUGACCAAUGAAAUGGAACAUAGUCAUCAAAAAUUAAAAAUAUAUUACGUAUGUAAAUAUUUUGAGAUUAUACAUUUGUGCACUGUAUUAAGAUAUGUAACUAAAUAUCCCAGGGGGACGAUGGAUACCAAAUAGACAUGGGAACUAUCAGAUUAAAACAUACAUUAUUUAAAUUAUGUAUAUUGAAAGGUCAAUACAAUAGAGAUACAGAAUUAAAAGCUCUAUGCGUCAUUUAGAGAUAUAGGAACCACUUGUAAACAGCAACAUUCUGAAAGUUUAAUUUCUAAUAGUAAAAGUCGAAAAAAGGUUCAGUUCUGUUCAUUAUUUACAGAGUUAUGUUAAAUUGAAUUUUCAUUGAUCUAUGCUGCACGGUUCCGUUGCUAUCUUUUACUGGUAGCAGAAACCUAACAGGCCUAGUUGAAAUCUGAUUGAAUCUAGGCCUGGAAAUUAUCUAGUGUUGAUAUUUUUGGUUUUCUUUAUUAAAGGGAUAACAUAUAAGAUUUAGAUAAAUAGCUGUCCGUUCUUGCUAUAAUGUUUCAAAAAUAGACAAUGCAAAAUAAAUAUAUACCAGUAUUAAAAAUUUCUUUCAAAUUACUUUAUUUUUAUCAAAGUUAUCAAUGGUUGUAGUUUUUGACAAGAUGUGUGCAUUGAUUGUAGCUACCAUACUAGUCAUUCGAUUCUUAGCCUCACUUCUCCAUUUUUAAUUUAACUCAUUUGAUAGCCGAACUGUUCAAAUCUACUUAAAAUCAGACCUACCCAAUGGCAUCGAGAGUUGAUUAUCGUCGGUGAAGUGUCAAAAGGGUGUAUCUAAGAAUUUCUAAAGAUUAAGAAAUAGAACCUUUUGCAUUUCAAAAUUUCCACAAAUCAAGAUACAACAUUUGGACACAUGAUACUCAGAACAGUUCUAAUUGGCGUAGAGAUACACAGCUUAGACAGAAAUGUGCAUAUUAAUUGGGAGAUGUUAAAAAUGCAAAAAAGUGUAUUUGACUAAUUUCCCGAGAUACACCCUUUUGACACUUCACCGACGUUAUGGUCUUGUCAUGUUAAUAAAUGUCUAAUUAAUAGUUUAUAUAACAUUUAAGGCCCAAAUAAAGACCUGCAAUAGGCAGAUUUAGCUCUUACAUAAUGCCUGUUUAAAUGUUAAACACUUAAAGGGAUAAUAACACUCUUGCUGGCUUGACAGCUCCAGUAAAUAAAUAUUAGCCUUAUUCUAAGUAUUAGAUGUUUAAGUGUCCUACCUGUUGUGUAAAAUAUCCAUCACAUCCUAUUUUACUUGUCCAGAGGGUUCGAAAAUAUUUUUAAAUCCAAUUCACAUUUGAAAAGGUAUACAUUAGGCUUUUCAAAUCAUUUAGUUGAAUUUUUCCAAUUUUUUAAAUUAGGUAUGUUAAGAUGAAAUUUGUAUCAUCAAUUAAUUGGAAUACUGUAAAAUAGUACAAUUUGGGGCAUAUUAUUCUGUUACAACAAGAGUGGCAUUGAGCCUUUAAUCUGGACUACAUAUUUAGCUGUGAGAAAAUGCAAGUGUGUGUCAAGCCUUCAACUAGAUGAAUAAUAAAAAUGGAGAUUGUAAGAGUUGAUAUAAAUAUCAAGUGAAUAUGAUAAGUUAUGGAUCUGGGUAUUUAAAACGGUUUAUUGUUGUGUCAGCAAGAAAUAGGAGAUAAAUUGUUUUUAUGUUCUUGACAUAUACCUGUUGAAAUUUAUGUAAUUUGAGAGGUCUCUUAGUUAAAAGAUUGUAAAAUUUUCGAAUAGACAGAGAAAUGGGGUUUAACAUCAACUUGACACAAAGUAGGUUAAUUUGGGACUGACAUAUGGUACAAUCUUAACUUAAUGGUGGCAGUGGGAGGACAUGAGGUUGGCAGAUGACCCUAUUCUAUGUCGCAUACGUGUUUUAGGAAUGAAACCACACCACUUAACUCAAUACCAGACCUUAUGAUCUAAAGGGCAUGUCUUAGACCACUGCACAUCCAAUGAUUCUAGUAAGGAGUAACAAACGGUAACGGUUGUGUACAGCAUCAUAUUCUAUUGUACGGGGGGGUUGGAUGGCCGAUUGGUUAGCACGCGCGUGCUGUAUCAUAAGGUCUGUCAUUGAGUCAACUGGCGUGUUUUGAUACCCCGGUUGUACAUGACAAGGAGUAGGGUCGCUUGUCCAACCUCAAGGGUUUUCUCCGGGACCUCUGGUUUUCUCCCACCUAAAGACCCCUACACGCAAGCGAAUUAUAGAAAUAAAUUUGAACCAUGUAUUAAUCCUGAAAUGACCUAAGUUUGUGUCGGGUGGAUGUUAAACCCCAUUUCAUUGUACAAUAUCAGAUAUUAUUUCAAGUGUUUGAUAAAGUAUGCAAUAUUUGGAUGAAGUGAAAUACCCAAUUGUGCCAUACUACAAAACAGUUAAUUCAAUGACUGGGCGACCUGAUCUAAUCUGUAACCUUGAGCUUAUUGGUUCACAGGAGCAGACCAUGCUGGUGGAGGAUGGUGCACACUUGAUGACCAGUGUUUUUUUACCCCCAGGGAGCUGCGGUGACCAAAUGAGUGAGAUUUUGGCUCGUUAAUCUGGAGUUCCCGUGUUCGAUCCUCGUGUUCGAUCCUCGUGUUAGCUGAGAAAGUUUAUUGGGAUUCUUUCCGCCGUGGUUCCGUCUUGUCGGUGAUGCAAGACAACGUGUAGUUGUUCGGAUGGGUCGGAAACCCUAGGUCCUAUGUACAAAAUGCUGUUGAAGUUGGAAUUAAGAGUUGCCUGUGUCGGGGCAAAAUUUCCCUUAUAGCAUGCUGUAUGGUGUAUGCUUUUCUUCAUUAGCCCAACACCAGACGAAGUAGGACGUUAAACUCCAUUUCAUUUCAUAAAUGCAGUAUACCAUUGACACUGUUUACUUUUAGGGUUGGAUGGCCAAGUGGUCUUACAUCAGCACUUCAAAUAAUAUCAUCUGUCAUAGAGGCAAGUGUUGAGGUUUUGAUCCCAGGCUUUUGUCAUGUGACAAAGAAUAGGGUCGAUUGCCUGAUCUUCUGGUUCCCUUGCAAUGCUAAAGAACUCCACAUUCAAGUGAAUUUUUGAAUUUCAAACCAUAUGUUAGUCCCGACAUGAUUGAGUGGACUUUAAAUCUCCAUGUCUUGUGGGUUUUUUUUUUUCAACCCCAACUCUACUCUUAAUACUAAGUAGGACAAUUUGAUUGACAGUGAUGAACCAUUAUGUUGACAAUUCAUGAUAAAUGGACGUACAAACAAAUAAAAGAUAAAACUUGAUUGUAUUAUGGUCGUCAAUUUUACAAAUAAUAUUUUUAUAGAUUUACACGUGUACAUGUGGUAUAUUAUAGAGGUAAAAAUGGCCCAAGGCUUUGUUUUGAGGAUGUAGAAAAGUUUCCUUUUCCUUUAGUUAAAAUAAACAUUUUGUUGUCUUAUUUUUUUAAGGAAAAUCAUUCUGGUUGUUUUGAAAUUGAUAGAUUUACAGGUGUUUUGUUAUGUUUGGUGUCGGACACCUGGUUUAUUGUCUACCUGUAAGACUGUGACGAUUCAUGACUUGAAAGAGCUUAGGACUCGAGUCACGGCGAGAAGGCACAACUCUUACUUACCUUAGUCCAUUUCUCUGUCUCUCUGACAAAGUCAGAUUGAGGGCGUUGAUAUGAUAUCAUAUUCAUUUGACUAAGUCAGACUGAGGGCUUUGAAACUUUAACAUGUUCAUUUGACUAAGUCAAACUAAAGGCUUUGAUACGUUAUUGUGUUCAUUUGACAAUCAACUUUGAAACUUUAACAUGUUCAUUUGACUUAAAUAGUUUGGAUAGUCUCUUCUGUAUUCUUGUACUGUUCUAUGUAUUGGUUUGGCUGUAGGCCUAAAGUGAUGACUGACUAUUUCCUAAGUGCAAAUUUAACAUUUGAUGUACUAUAAGGCAGAGCUAGGGAUUUUGCGUAACCACCACUAAGUAAUUAUAUCCUAAUACAUAAAAAGAAAUGGAGUUUAAGAAUUUUUCUGUCUUAAAAUAAAAUUACCCAAAAGAUGUGGGAAAAUGUCCAGCAUUUCUGGCUAACUACUAUUAAGUUUGCGUCUAGUUUUGUUUUGUAAACUUUUAGAUUUGUAAAUCGUCUUUUCAGGAGAUAUUUAGUCCUAAAACAACUUAGUCAAACCCCAUGUCUCUCUUAUGAAUAUAUGUAUUAAAGUACAUUUAUAAAGGUAUUUAAAGCUUCAGAAAUUUCUAGAUCUUGAUCUAAAUUCAUGAUAUUUAUGACCUCGGACCCCUCCCCUAUUUUCAUGCAUGGAUAGUAUUUAAUGUCUGCAUUGUUUUACAUUGUUUACCUACAUUUAAACGUCACAUUUUCAGAAAGAAAAGUAUUUGUAUUUACGACUGUAUGGUUGUAAUGAAGGAUAUAAAAUCUGUCAGUAAGGUGUAUAAAACCGAACGAUGCAUGUAUAAAACUAAGAAAAAGAUCAGAUACAUGUUUAGAUGUGAAUUCAGACAUAAUGAUUUUAAUUGUUCAAGACAAUGUCAUACUUUAUUAAACAUACAUUAUGCAAGAGCUUAAUCUGUCUAUUGCAGGUCUUUAUUAGACAUUUAUUAACAUGAAAAGACCAUAAUCAACUCUCGAUGCCAUCUUAUGUGUUUGAUUUUCACUGGAUUUUAAUCCAUCUGCUGCUCAACGCUCAUUGAUGAUUAAAUGCUAAAAUGGAUAAUCGAGACUAUGCUGUUUUUUUUUUUAUCCUACUGACUUUGGUAAUGAUGAUCGAGGCUAGGCCUAAAUUUCAGUCACUAAUAUCUCAGUUCAGAGUGGAGCAAUUUGACUGAAAUUUUCAGCAUAUUCCCUUUACAUUAUCUAGAUUUUAACUAUUAUAAUGAGAACUGUCAGCUCUUGUAUCUAAUCGUGGCGACUAGUAAUGAUGAUCGAGGCUAGCCUAAAAUUUAAAAUACCUUGUGUUUUGAAUAUAUAGGGGGGGUUGGAUGGCCGAAUGGUUAGCACGCGCGCUGUAUCAUACGGUCUGUCAUUGAGUCAACUGGCGGGGUUUUGAUUCCCUGGAUGUACGUGACAAGGAGUAGGGUUGCCUGUCCAACCUCGUGGGUUUUCCCCGGGUACUCCGGUUUCCUCCCACUGCUAAAAACCCCUACGCGCAAGCGAAUUAUUGAAAUAAAAAAAUUAAACCAUGUGUUAAUCCCGAAAAAACCUAGUUUGUGUCGAGUGGACGUUAAACCCAUUUCUCUCUCUCUUUGAAUAUAUAAAUAACCAGAGGGUUGUGUCUGACUAUGUCUUGUGACAGGUGCCCAACCAGAGGGUUGUGUCUGACUAUGUCUUGUGACAGGUGCCCAACCAGAGGGUUGUGCCUGACUAUGUCUUGUGACAGGUGCCCAACCAGAGGGUUGUGCCGGACGAUGUCUUGUGACAGGUGCCCAACCAGAGGGUUGUGCCGGACGAUGUCUUGUGACAUGUGCCUUAUUGCGGCAAUAACAAUCUGAUUAAAAACACAGAUCCUAUUUCAUUUCAUUUUUUUUUUAUAGUUCAAAAUUUCGUUUUACUUUACUACACUAGGAUCUGGAAGAGUUGUUAUAUAACCCACAUUCUGGAUGAUGUGAGGGAUAAGCCAGUGAAACAGUCUGUUACAGCGAGCUUUUGACGUGAGGUGCACGGAACUGUGGGUAACCCACUAGAAACAUCAAAGUUGAUGGUUAAUCAAAUGUCUGACGUCAUACAUGUAGGGUCAGAAGCAGCUCAUAUGAUCCCUGACUCCACCUUUCACUACAACUGGUCAGAUCUUUAUGUAGUAGAGACCAUUGAAAGUACAAAAAAAACAAAAAGAAAUAUAGAUCUGUAUUUUGAUCAGAUUGGUCCCGAUAACAGUGUAAUAUUCAAGGCCCGCUGUAGAUAUCUAUUGAUAUGUAAAAUGUGGUCAGAAGUUCACUCAACCAUAACAAUAAAAAUCUAUUUUACAGCCUCAAGAUGUAUGAAUUAAAUCUUGUCUAGAUCAGUUGAAUUAUUUGUGUGGGGUGAAGCUUUCAAGGUCAUGUCAUUAUUCUUGCCACAAAGUUUGAAGAUUUUUACCAUAAAAGAAAUAAAUAGGGUGGAGACAUUUAAAGUGUUAGUCACGGGUGAUUGAACAGUUAUAUGUUGUGCACUCAGUAUAUAAACAAUUGUGUACUUUUAUUAUAAAAACUGUGUACCUGUAUUAGCUACCUGUCAUUAGGGAACUUGUUUACCUGUGCAGCUACCUGUCAUUUGUUUACCUGUCAUCAUGUACAGCUACCUGUCGUUAUGGAACUCGUUUACCUGUCUUUCAGGAACUUGUUUACCUGUCUUUAGGGAACUUGUUUACCUGUAUGGCUACCUGUCAUUAGGAAAAUGAAAUGAAAUUGGGGUUUAACGUCCUACUUGUCAUUAGGGAACUUGCAAUUGUUUACCUGUCAUUAGGAAACCUGUUGAUUACCUGUCAUUAGGAAACCUGUUGUUUACCUGUCAUUAGGAAACCUGUUGUUUACCUGUAUGGGUACCUGGGUUUAGUGAACCUGUCAUGAAUCUAUGAAGCACUAUUAAGCUACUUUUAUGAAUUACUUUUAUAGGUUGUUUAUUACUUAAUAUGUCAAUCAUAUUUUAUGGGUAAAAAAAACGCUUUAAAAUUGAUUUAUAAGAUAAAAGAAUGCUUUUAAAUAUGUUACAUGUACAUCCAGUCUAACAUGUUACAUGUCGUCAGUGAAGUGUCAAAAGGGUGUUUCUAAAGAUUAAGAAAUAGAACCUUUUGCAUUUCAAAAUUUCCACAAAUAAAGAUACAACAUUUAGAAACAUGAUACCCAGAACAGUUCUAAUUGGCGUAGAGAUACACAGCUUAUUAAUUGGGAGAUUUUAAAAAUGCAAGAAAGUGUAUUUGACUAAUUUCCCGAGAUACACCCUUUUGACACUUCACUGACGAUGUACAUCUACAUGUACAUCCUGUGUAAUGUGUUACAUGUACAACCUGUGUAAUAUGUUACUUGUAUAUUCUGUGUAAUAUGUUACAUGUACAUCCUGUGUAAUAUGUUACUUGUACAUCCUGUGUAAUAUGUUACAUGUACAACCUGUGUUAAAUGUUACAUGUACAUCCUGUGUAAUAUGUUACAUGUACAUCCUGUUUAAAACAAAUAUCCCACUAACGUUUUAUAAACAAAAAACGAAAUAAACAAAAAAUGAGGAACUGGCCAUAAUGCCAUUGAAACCAGAUAAUCUGUACUUAUAGAUGUCCAUCAUAUCUUUCGACUUUUAGUCAGGUUAAAGAGAAAAUGUCAAAAGAAUAUAUUAACCAGUUUUUUUUUAAUACCUUUAGUUGAUUAUAUUAAGUUAAAGCGUUUUGUUUGUAAAGAAAUUCUGUUUGUUUUUCAAUAAAGGGGCAUUAUGUUAGAUCUAUAUAAAGAUCUGGUCGUUUUAUUUUGAGCACAAGAUGUGUGCAUUGAUUGUAACCACUGUACUGGUCAUUCGGGCCAUAGCCUAGAUUCUCCUUUUUUAAAAUUAAAUCAUUAAAUGGCCAAUCUACUUAGGCCUUGCAUCUUGUCAUGUUAAUUAAUGUUAAUUAAUGUCUAAUUAAUGUUAAUUAAUGUCUAAUUAAUGUUAAUUAAUGUCUAAUUAAUGUCUAAUUAAUAAUUUAUAUAACAUUUAAUGCCAGAGAAAUGCCUGCAAUAGGCAGAUUUAGCUCUUACAGAUUGCAUGUUUAAUAAAGUAAAUUUUUUGAUGAUUUUUUUUUUGUCCUUGUUUUAGGCAUUAAUUUUAAGUUUACCUUUAAAGUUUGAAUCAUUCCAUUUUAUUUUAUUGUCCCUCGCGCUUAUGAUUUAUAAUAAAAUUAACAAUGUACAUGUAGUAUUGUCAGUGAAAAAAAACCUCCAGGAGAGUGGAGAUGGUUAUUGUUGAUUAAUUUAUAAUUGAAAUAGAUUAUUGUAAUUUAUAUGAAAAAAAAAAAGUAUUUUACCUGGAUGUUAAAAUGGCUAGAAUUCACUCAAAAGGGUAUUAAUCUACCUUGGACCUUGAAUUCUAGACUCCUCACAACAUCUUUUUGACAGGGUGUAGGGCUGAGGAAAAUAAGUGACACAUAAUUUUGGUUUAACCUCUGUGUCUUCUCAUUGAAAUGGGACAGGUUCUAAUUCCCUCCCCCCCCCCCAAUCACUGACCAUGUGACACUUGACAGUGGUAUGGGUACAGUGAGUUGUCCCCAUACCUGAUAGUCUUAAGACUAAAGAUGUAAUUCUUGGUCCUGGUAAAAAGGGUAACCUCGCUGUGUUUGCCCAUCAAAAUGGGGCAUGUUCUCUCCCCUCCCCCCCCAGUCACCUUUAACUACACUAGAUUGUACAGGGGCGUCUUAAUGUAUGGGCAUGCUGGGCAGUUGCCGGGGGGCUUCCAAGUACAAUAGUAGUCCCAUGCUAACCACUGUAUUUCUAUGAGUGUUUGUUUUGGGAGGGGCCCCGAUGCACUGCAUUGCACGAGAUAAUGCUGUUAAGACAGCUCUGAUAAUGUAACAUCUUAAUCCUGAUCAUGGAAAAUGCUUUUUGAAAAAGUAAUUUUCAGAAUUUACUGAGAUUUUUUCUUCUUCCUUGUUCUAUUUUUGUGCUAAUUUUUAAGCUGACUAGGAUGUUAAAAUUUCUUAAAAUGCAAUUUGAUCAAUAAACUGUACAGAAAAUAA